GGAGACGCUGCCGCCCGCCCGCCCGCCCGCCGGCCGGCUGUGUCGCCGCCGCCGUCGUCGUCGAGGGAAGGACGCCUCGCCAAGGGCCCGCCGCCGCCGCCCUCCCUUUCUGGCCCCCACCUGCCCCCCAGCCCCCGUCCCUUCCUCGCCAGCCAGCCAGCCAGCCAGCCCGCCAUGCCCUCCUCGCCGCUCCGGGUGGCUGUGGUUUGCUCCAGCAACCAAAACCGCAGCAUGGAGGCCCACAAUAUCCUCAGUAAACGUGGCUUCAGCGUCCGAUCCUUCGGUACCGGGACUCACGUGAAAUUGCCAGGACCAGCACCAGACAAGCCAAACGUUUACGAUUUCAAAACGACAUACGAUCAGAUGUACAGUGACCUGCUUAGGAAAGACAAAGAACUCUACACACAGAAUGGGAUUUUGCACAUGUUGGACAGAAACAAGCGGAUCAAGCCACGGCCAGAAAGAUUCCAAAACUGCAAAGACGUCUUUGAUCUGAUCUUGACAUGUGAAGAAAGAGUUUACGAUCAAGUAGUAGAAGAUUUAAAUUCCAGGGAACAGGAGACGUGCCAGCCGGUGCAUGUGAUAAACGUAGACAUUCAGGAUAACCACGAGGAAGCUACGCUGGGAGCCUUCCUCAUCUGCGAACUGUGUCAGUGUAUACAGCAUACAGAAGAUAUGGAAAACGAAAUAGACGAGCUGUUACAAGAAUUUGAAGAGAAAAGUGGAAGGACUUUCUUGCACACAGUCUGCUUCUAUUGAAAGCACUCCUGUCUCUUCCUUUAGGCCUUUACUGCAGCCAGACAAAGAAGCAUGUGCCCAUUCUGACUCUUCCGGACUAUUCCCUCCCUCCUCUUCUCGGGAAUCGAACUCGCAACCAUUUUCAUUGUUGCCGUUUAACUUUUGUUCCUCCGUAAUGUUUUCUUUUUACACAUUGGUCCGGGGCAGAGAAGGGGAACGUUUCUGUACAGAAAAACAAAAAUGAACUUUGCGUCGAAAAACGAAAGACAUUAUAUACCGAAAGGGUGCUUUAUUUAAGAGAUAACAAAUCAAGGUUUUUCUUUUACCCCUUCCCUUUUUCCUGCUUCUCCCCUCUGCUUCUGACACCCUACUUGAAUUUGUUCUAAGUAAGGUUUUAAUUAUAAAGAGAAUAUUUCUGAGAUGAUAUCGUUUAUAUUUUCCGGUGUAAAGAACUUAUCUUAUUUCACCUGUUUGUGUUUUUUUUUUUUUUUGUUUUGUUUUAUUUUGUUUUGUUUUUGCCAUGGGCGGACAGGGAGAUACUUUUCUUUUAACGGAAUAGACUUUGGACGGCUGGGAUAUACAAAGGUAUGAAUGAGAUGAUGAAUAUCUGUAUAAUAUUAGGAAUGAAAUUGGACGUCUCCAAUAAAUAUACAAGGUUCCA